UUCUUACAGGGGAUUAUUCUGAAGAUUCAGGGGGUUGAAGGAUUAACCAAGGCAGAUUAAAGUGGCUAUCCUCAACCUGGUAAUCCAGCCAUCUGUCAGAAAGCAGUCAGGCAGCAUUUGGCUGCAGGGUGUGAUUUGUCUCCCUUCCUCAGCUUGCUAAUUAACACUGCCAAGGACCAGCUCUCACAGGCUACAGGACAUCAGGACUGUUUUAAUAAAGAAACACUCUUCUUCAAAAUGCAAGAAGCGUAUUUGCUUGACCAUCCUGGAGUAAAAAAGAAGAUUUUGCAUGGAGGUCAAGGACCAUUGCCUCAUUUUCCUAAGGGAACCAAGCUGGUGUUCCACUUUCAGACUCUGUUGGACAACUUUGAAAGAACCGUGAUUGAUGACAGUCGCAAAAAUAAGUGUCCCACGGAGAUUUUCGUGGGGAAGAUGUUCAAAAUGGAGGUGUGGGAGGUGCUGUUAACCUCCAUGAGGAUUGGAGAGGUGGCGGAGUUUUGGUGUGAUGCUGUUCACACAGGUCUUUAUCCUAUGGUGUCAAAAGGGAUGCGACUGGCUGCUCAGGGUAAGGACCCUCUAGAGGGCCAAAACCACACGUGUGGCAUGGGAAACUUGUUUCACUACCAUUCGACAGGCUUUCCAGAGCUUGAUGAGAUAAUGAGGACACCUCAACCUCUAAUCUUCAUCAUGGAACUAAUCUCGGUGGGCGACCCGUUCUCUUACCAGCGGGAGUCUUGGAUGAUGGAGAAGGAUGAGAAACUAAAGGUUGUGCCCUCGCUACAUCUUUUGGGCAACGCUCUAGUCAAGCAGGGUCGGUUCCGUGAAGCUGCAGAAAAGUACCAAGAGGCUGUGGUUCUGCUGCGAACAGUCCAAUCCAGGGAGAUGCCUGGAGAUGAAGAUUACAUUAAUCUGGACAGGCUUAUCAUUCCUCUUGUACUGAACUACUGCCAGUGCAUGUUAGAGCUGGAGGAAUAUUAUGAAGUCAUAGAACAUACGACAGAACUCCUGGACAAACACAAAGACUGUGUCAAAGCCUACUAUAAGCGAGCGAAGGCCUAUGCAGCUGUGUGGAGUGAGAGGGAGGCCAGGAGAGACUUCCAAAUGGUGGCCAACCUAGACAUCACCCUGUCUCGAUUGGUGCAAAGAGAACUCAGUCUUCUGUCUGAGAGAAUGAAGGAAAAAUACUGGGAGGAUAAAGAAAGGUACUGGAAGAUCCUGGAAGACAGAGAAAAUGAACCAGAGAAGGAGGACAUCUCUGAGAUGGAUGCAAAAGAGGAAAGCAGAGAGGAACAUUCUCAGUCCCCUGAAGAGGUCAAAGAUGCUGAGAAGGGAAAUAACCCAUCUGUAGCAGAGGAAAACAAGCAUGACACCAAAAGUGAAGACUUCGCAGCGGAGGCCAAUCACAGGAUAACAGCUCUGACCGAGGGCAACGACUGGCAGCAGAUGCUACGGCUAAUUAUGCUGCUCCAAGACGAAGGCAAUUUCAAUGUGAAAGAGCAUAAAUACACUGAGGCGACUGCUAAGUUCAAGGAGGCUCUGGAGUAUGUAGACCAUCUCCAAACUAAGGUGGAACAUAAAGGAGAAGACUGGGAAUCUCUAGAGAAAGUCCGUCUGCCACUCUGUCUAAACCUCAGUCAGUGUAAGCUGGAGCUUGGGGAAUACCAAGAAGUAGUGGAUCUCAACUCUAAACUGCUGAAGAAACAUAAAGACAAUAUGAAAGCUGUGUACCAGCGGGCCCAAGCUCACGCCGCAUUAUGUAACAAAGACGAGGCUAACAGGGAUUACAAUAGGGUCAUGCAACUGGAUCCCAGAUUCAAACCCAUCGUCAAACAGGAGAUUAAGAAGAUGGGUGAGAACAUAAGAGUGAAGUGUGUCAAUGAAAACAAAAACUACUGGACAAGCACUCAGGAGAAGUGGGAAAAGAAGACGCAGACCAAGAGAGGAAAGAAGAUGAAGAAAGGAGUGACAUGGGCAGAUGAGAGUAAAAUGUUGGGAAGGCACGAUGAAGGACAGCUGGCAAAAUCUGGCGGCGGUGACAAAUUAGAGGGGAGCUGCAGUGUCAAACCAGGUAAUAAAGAUGAAGGACAGGAUGAGAAGAAAAACUUUGAGAAAAAUGAAGACGAGAGCUCUCUGACCCUGGAAGAAGCACAAGAAAAAACUGCGGCUGUAGAUAAAGACCAAAGCAAUGUGCUGGGAGAUAGUACACAGAGAUCACAGACAGAUAGCAGGGCCACUGAAACUCUACUGACCAGUGACAUUACAAAGAAAAAUGAACAGGAUGAGAUCACAGAUGAAAAACAAGAAUCUCCUGCAAAGCCAGACAAAGAUGCAAGCAGUGGAGCAUCACAGAAAGAAAGACCGCCGGACUCGACUGGAGAUGAUGAAACCGAGAAAAGCUACUGAAUUUAAGAUGGAGAAGACAAAUGUUGAUGAACAUCAC